UAAAUCGUUUAGGUCACAAACAGUGUGCAUGAGCUUCCCUGAAUUAGGUUAAUGACUUCCCUGAAUUAGGUUAAUGACCUACCUUGACCAAAGUACUAUUAGAAACCAAACCAGGCAUAUCAAAACUUUUACAGAGUAGGGUGUGGCUUGUGAAUGAAACACUGACAGCGCAGUCUUCACAAAACUGAGAUGUGCUCAUCUUUCAAGUCUGAUUGCAACACGCCGGGAACUUCCUUAUAGAACCAUGGAAUAGCUUUCUGUCAGUGUCCGUAUUUGAACCUGUACACUUCUCUCCGAGGGUAAUUGCUUAAAGGCAGCAUUAUAGCAUCUUAGCAGUGGCUGUCUGUGCUUCAGUUCCACUUCAGUAUGUGGUUUAUUUUUGUGCUCGGAGCUGUGCUUGCUAUGGCUAUGGUCUAUCUCCACUGGCGGUACUUUAAUCCUGCUGGAAACCCCUUUUAUACAGACAGCAGAAGAAUUCCUGUACCACUGGUAACUGACAAGGCGGAAAGGGCUAAAGUACUGAAACAAACAUUUAAUACAGAGAAGGUUCCAGAGAAUCUGGAUGCUAUUGUCAUCGGGAGUGGUAUUGGAGGACUGACUGCUGCUGCAAUUUUGGCAAAAGCUGACAAGAAAGUCUUGGUUCUAGAGCAGCAUGGCAAACCAGGAGGCUGUUGUCACACCUUCAGUAGGAAUGGCGUGGAGUUUGAUGUUGGCAUUCACUACCUGGGCCAGCUGCAUGAGAAUGGAUUGCUGCGUGUUGUCAUGGACCAGAUUUCAGAUGGGCAGCUGCAGUGGACCUCUCUGGAUCAGCACUAUGAUACUGUUGUGGUAGGCAAGAAACAAUACAACCUAUUUAGUGGCAAAUCAGAGUUUGAAGAUGCCUUGAAAGCCCAGUUCCCAGAGGAAGAAGAGGCCAUCACUAAGUUUUUGAAACUUAUGAAGUUAGUAGCUACACGGGUACCUCUGAUUGCCAUCCUAAAGAUGAUUCCACUCUGGAUUUCAAACAUCAUGAUUCGAUUGGGUCUUGUUCACUGGAUCUCACCUGUCUUCAAACUGACCACCACAAGCCAUGCCAGUGUCAUUAGCCAACUCACAUCCAAUCAAGAUCUGCAGACGGUUUUCUCAUAUCCAUUUUAUGGUGUUCCACCUCGAGAUGCUAGUUUCACCAUCAGUACUUUGUUGCUGCACCAUUACAAGCGAGGAGCCUGGUACCCCCGGGGUGGUGCUAGUGAGAUUGCAUUCAACAUUAUUCCAGUAAUCCAGAAAGCAGGUGGCAAAGUUCUAGUCAAAGCACGAGUGAAGUCUAUUCUUGUCAACACAAAGGGUGAAGCUUGUGGGGUAACAGUGGCAAAAGGUUCUGAAGACGUCCAGAUUUCUGCACCAGUUGUGAUUUCUGAUGCUGGAAUAAUUAAUACCUUCAAGUAUAUGUUACCUCAGGAAGUACAGGCCACACCAGAAAUCCAGUCUCUACUUGGCAAGGUCCAGCAUGGAAUGGGGACAAUUCUAGUGUUCAUUGGUCUAAAUGGCACUAAAGAAGAGUUGAAUAUCGCCUCAACAAACUACUGGGUGUAUGCCAGUAACAAAGUGGAUGAAAUAACUGAUGAGUACUACUCCUCAAGCAGGGCGGAGGCAUCAGACAAUAUUCCGAUGAUGUUUAUUACAUUUCCUUCUGCAAAAGAUCCGUGUUCUGAAGAGAAAUCUCCAGGGAAGACGAGUAUGGUGAUACUUACCAUGGCACGUUAUGAGUGGUUUGAGGAGUGGAAGAAUCAGCCGGUGAAGAAGAGGGAUGCACAGUAUCAGGAUCUAAAGUACUCGAUGGCCGAUAAGCUGUUUAAGUGGGCAUUGGAGCUCUUUCCGCAGCUAAAAGACAAGGUUGAUUUCAUGGAAGUAGCAACUCCCCUCACAAACCAGCACUAUCUUGGUUCGCCACGAGGUGCAAUGUAUGGGGCAGAACACACUCUUGGGAGGUUUAAUCUGGAAGUCAUUGCUGCUACAAGAGGUGAAACAACAGUCAAAAACCUUUAUCUGACAGGUCAAGAUGUCUUCUCAUGUGGCCUUGCAGGAGCUGUGCAUGGAGGAAUCAUCUGUGCCUCAGCAGUUUUGAAUCGCAUUCUCUACAUCGACCUGCUGCUUCUUAAAAAGCGCUUGAAACAAAUCAAGUCUACAAAGAAAGACUGAGUCCCCUGCUGCUGCACAUAACAUUUUGUAGGAUGCUUGAUCAUUCCGUUCUGUUUAGAAAUGACUUGGCAAUCUCAGCAUGAAUGUACCAAGACCAGAGUUCUCAGUCAUGUAAGAGAUGAAGGAGCAGAAUAACGUUUUCUCUGAUUCCUUCCUCUAACGUGGACUUUUCUGUCUGUUGUGAUCCACUUUUGUCAUGGCACACAAGAAGUGAUUGCCUUAUGAAAGAGAUAUCUGGAACUGGAUUAAAUGCACCCCUCUUAAAGAUUAUAUUUUACCAUUUUAUUUAUGCAUUAUAAUUCAGCAAAGACCCACCAGUUAGUUAAUAUGCCAGAUAUUAGAGGCUUGUUGAUGUAUCUGUCUGAUUUUUGUAAAAACACUUCGUGAGGGGACUAGUAAAUUAAUUUUCUAAGAGUGCACUGAACUGAACACUUGAAGUGAAUAUGUUUGUAUUCUGUUUACGUGUCCUGACAGUAGAUAUUUAGUAGUGAUACUAAGAUAAAUGUUUUAUGAAUAUAACCAAAGAUCUUUCUAUGUAUAUUUAAGCUAGGAGAACUGGCCAGUAAAGCUUUGAUGGAUACUCGGCCACAAUGAGAGAUCCCAUUCGCUGCAUACAGAUCUAUUUAUGUGCACUAUUUGUUGUUUGUUAGUUAUGGAUGUGAGACUACUGGUUGUGGAGUCACCUGUUUUUAUCACAUCAUUUCAGACUGACUAGCUUUACAUUUUCAUUUGGCUAUUGUGUUAAAGAUGGUGCUGUUUAGUUUGUUUGUCAGUUUGAAAAGAAAUUAUUCAUACAUAGCUUGCAGCAAGCUGUACAAUCAAGCAGGCUUUAUUCGUUUGAAAUCUUUCAUUGUUAAGUCACCCAUUCAGAAUGGCUGCUUUAUUUUGACAUAAAUUUAAUGCAGCAGUUUUGUUUUGACUGUGAACCGUUGAUAUGAUACAUGCUAUUUCAGGGAUUGUGUCAUUAACAGAUAUCAUGUAAACCUUUUUUUAUGGAAACUUAAGAAAUGUCAGUCCUUGCCUGUAAUGUUUCUUCGUAAUACCUCACCAUCCCAAACUCCAUGUAAAUAUCUUCUCGUAAAUGUUCUGAUUCUACUUUUAGGCUCAUUUCUCCUGAUAUGCCAUCCUUGAAGUUAUGGUUGUGUUGUAAGGUACAUUUUAAACGCUGUCACCAUUAUGAAGUGCAUUUUAGAUGCCUUAUACCUCAUAACACCAUAAAGUAUGCAUUAUGUAACCCCUUUAUACUAGCCACAUAAAUCCUUCUUUAAUGUUAAAGCUAUAAUAGUUGUGUUGGGAAAUCCAUUCACCCCAACAGAAGUGCCAUUUCUUCCAGUAAAUACUAACUGUUAUACAGACAUGUUGCUACCUUAUUCGUGUUAUGCAAUAAAAACUGCUCUGAUGUGCAGUAGUCCAUAUAGGCUUUACAUGGAGCCAUAAUGACACAGUGUAUGAAAGGAGCCAUAAUGACACAGUGUAUGAAAUGUCUUGGCAUUAAAAAAGUGGUUCCGGAAUACUAAGCCACCCCUGACUGGUGUUUACUUGACUGAGGCUUUGCUUCCUUCUUGCCUGUUAGUUGAAAUAUGUAAGUCUUGUUUGCACUACAUCAUCGAAGAGAAAUCUCUGUCUCACAGUGUGACCCAUGGGGCAUUCCUUCGGGUGUAGUGGGACCAGCUCUCAUGCAUCAUACAGGCGUAGUGGGACUGCCUCUCAUGUGUCAUUCACUCACUCCGCUGUACUAGCAGUUCUUAACUCUUGUUUCAGUGUAAAAUAGUGGAACUCUAUGACAAAAGCACAGAACAAUCAAAACAUACAUUUCCCAUGACUGUAAUUAAUUAAUACAAGGUGACUUUCCCUCCUCUAGUAUACUAGAGGUGCUGUAAUGCCAUUCUGUUUGCUUCCCCAUGCAUAGUAAUUCAUGAGAUUACAGUGUUCCUAAGAUAUGUUUGUUCUGAUAAAAAAGUGUCCCUUCCCAGAUAUGUUAUUCACCAGUUCUGAACCCAAGUUAUUCACCAGUUCUGAACCCAAAAUGAAGUCACUUCUAAGUUACAAUUACCUAUCAUCUCUGUUCCAAGGAAGACUAAUGUAUGGUUCUCAAAAAAAAAUUAAAUAAAAUUCUAUCUUCAUGAGAUAAAGUCUGAGUUUUCAGUCUUUUCUAUGCCGUCCUUAUAAUUUUCUAGUUCAUCCUUCUGUAUGCAAAACCAAAUCAGAUUAUGUGUGCAAAACACUCAACAAAGUGAGGUAAUAGUAUUACAUGUAGUUAAUAUAAGAGGUACGGGUUACAGUGAAUGAGUACUGUAGCCUAAGAAUGUUAAAUUCCAUGAAAGGCCCAUGUUUUUCCAACACUCGCACAGUCCAAAUUUGUGAUUUUCUGGUCAUUUUUCAUAGUGAAAAAAUGGAAAAUCAGAGUCCUUGACCAAUGCUUUAGAACAUUUAAUUCAUAUGAAUAAGAUUGUUUCCAUAAAUAAAUGCCCCUUUAUUAUUAUUAUUGUACUCUGAUUAAUUUAUAUUCCUCUUCAUAACUUAGGCUGAAUGUAGUAAGAUUACAUAUCAGAGCCUUCUGAAUAAGUUUUUUUAACUAGUUUCUCAGUCGUUUUGAAAUGUCACUGCUGAAGUUCAGUUUCCUGUUGCAUUCAUCAUGUUUGGAGAACAUCCUUUGUCUGCCUCAAUACAUUAUAAAACAUUUUCCUGAAAAGUUACAUGCAGUAUUCUGACAAAUAUUUUUUGUUUGUUUUGUUUUCCACUUACUGUUGAGCUAGUUCCCUCCCAGUCAUGCAGUGAAUACAUUCGUUCCCCAGAGUGUGAGCCAUAUGGCACAUAGGUUCUCCAGGGUGAGAGCACUAUGGCACAUAGGUUCCCCAGGGUGAGAGUCCCACGGUACAUAGGUUCCCCAGGGUGAGAGCCCAAUGGUACAUAGGUUCCCCAGGGUGAGAGCCCUAUGGCACAUAGGUUCUCCAGGGUGAGAGCACUAUGGCACAUAGGUUCUCCAGGGUGAGAGCCCAAUGGUACGUAGGUUCCCCAGGGUGAGAGCCCUAUGGUACAUAGGUUCCCCAGGGUGAGAGCCCUAUGGCACAUAGGUUCCCCAGGGUGAGAGCCCUACGGUACAUAGGUUCCCCAGAGUGUGAGCCAUAUGGCACAUAGGUUCCCCAGGGUGAGAGCCUUAUAGCACAUAGGUUCCCCAGGGUGAGAGUCCUACGGUACAUGGGUUCCCCAGGGUGAGAGCCCUACGGUACAUAGGUUCCCCAGGGUGAGAGCCCUAUGGUACAUAGGUUCCCCAGGGUGAGAGCCCUAUGGCACAUAGGUUCCCCAGGGUGAGAGCCCUACGGUACAUGGGUUCCCCAGGGUGAGAGCCCUACGGUACAUAGGUUCCCCAGGGUGAGAGCCCAAUGGUACAUAGGUUCCCCAGGGUGAGAGCCCUAUGGCACAUAGGUUCCCCAGGGUGAGAGCCCUACGGUACAUGGGUUCCCCAGGGUGAGAGCCCUACGGUACAUAGGUUCCCCAGGGUGAGAGCCCAAUGGUACAUAGGUUCCCCAGGGUGAGAGCCCUAUGGUACAUAGGUUCCCCAGGGUGAGAGCCCUAUGGCACAUAGGUUCCCCAGGGUGAGAGCCCUACGGUACAUGGGUUCCCCAGGGUGAGAGCCCUACGGUACAUAGGUUCCCCAGGGUGAGAGCACUAUGGCACAUAGGUUCCCCAGAAUGAGAGCCCUAUGGCACAUAGGUUCCCCAGGGUGAGAGUCCUACGGUACAUGGGUUCCCCAGGGUGAGAGCCCUACGGUACAUAGGUUCCCCAGGGUGAGAGCCCAAUGGUACAUAGGUUCCCCAGGGUGAGAGCCCUAUGGUACAUAGGUUCCCCAGGGUGAGAGUCCUACGGUACAUGGGUUCCCCAGGGUGAGAGCCCUACGGUACAUAGGUUCCCCAGGGUGAGAGCCCUAUGGCACACAGGGUUCCCGGGGUGAGAGGUCUGUGAACCAGAAGAGGUAGCCAUCAUCAGUAUGGCAAGGGAAUGGAUUUUGUAUUAAUCCCUACCAACCUCCUGUGCAUGCCUUUAGAGCCCUAGGGGUUGGGAGUACAGUGAGGCAUCAAGAUGAAUAGUUACAUUUCCAUGUGAUGAAAUGGUUACUUUGCCCACUUGCAGAUAGUAGCCCCGGUGUGACUUUUAAUCCUCACUUAGGACUCAACCACAGAGAGCAUGGCCAGAAACAUGCUCCUCCCCUCUUACCUUGAAGAGAUUUGAGCAAGAUAAGCUCUGUCAUUUCUCACCCCCAGCCAGCUCCAAAAAGCACCUGAGCCACUAAUCAUAACUGGGUCAUAGUCUGGGAUUUCUCCUUGUAUGUGAAUGGGAUGGCUAACAAACAACUUAAUCUGCUGAAUGUAUACUUAAACUGCAAGAGUGGGUGAGACGUCAGUGUGGUGAAAAUUGUAAUAGUUAUGGGGGGGGGGGUUCAUUCAAGAGAGUUUAUAUUAGUUUCCCUACACAUGGCCAGCAAAUGAUUUGUUAAGCAUUAAUUCCCCAGUUCCAUUUACCCAAAAUAUUGUUUCCCUGUCUGUUUUUGCUUGUGUUAAACUAGUACUGCAAGAUCUCAGUUCACGAAUCUACCGUGUUUAUCAAUUCAUUAAUCUAUCAAGUUUACCAUGUAUGACAUAGUGCUGCUAAUAAAAGCUUUUCCACAAGAAAAAACAUCCAACCCUGUAAACUGCUCUCUAAUAUAUUCCAAUUUAUUCAGCCUUAAAGCAAAAUAAACAUACUUUACUUCAGUGUAACAAUAAUAUAAAGCAAACAUGCUUCACUUCAGCAAAACAAAAUGCUCUCUACUUGUUUCAGAUUAAGGUAAACAGUUUGUGCAGCACAUUACCAUGAUAUUGUGUAUCAUAGUACUCCACAAAUGGCAUGCAGGUAUCCAAAUGAUAUUCAUCCUCUUUUAAAGCCUUCAGAGGGACGUCAGGCUCACUUUUGUGCUACUUCUCUGUAGCACCCGGGCCGUCUUCUAAAUCAGUAGAAACAGUAAACAGCAGCAGUUCUCAGCAGCAGCAAAACAUUACAUUUUGUAAAUGUGGCACAAAACAUCAGCAAAUUCUUUCACAAACUUCACAGGAACUUUGAUUUUUUUGAAAACGGUCACACAGAAAAUGAAAGUUCUCUUUCCACACCCUUUUACCUCCUGUUCCAGUAUUUAGAACCUUCGUUAGCAGGCAAUGGUUAUAAUCUUAAUGUGAAAGCUUCACUGUUAAAAGCACCAAACACAUUUUUCUGUAUGGUAACAGAGGCCACGUUUAUUUUCCAUAUAUGUAUAUAUAUAUAUAUAUAUAUAUAUAUAUAUGUGUGUGUGUGUAUACAUAAAAGCUUGAAAAUGAAGUAAAACCUUUAUUAUCCCAGAAUAAUGCUUCAAAGCAAAAGAAAUACAACGUAAAUCCAUUCAUCCACAUAGAGUCCUCAUAACGUCUGUUAAAUCUUCAACAUGUACCGUGAUUCUCAUAGCGUACAUCACAUCUUUAACAACCUUGCAAUUGCCAUCAGGAAAUCCAAAUCCGAGUAACUAGAUCUGCUCUUCAAAACAUGCUCAAAUUUAGCAUGACGGGUCACUACCCUUCGUUUCUUUGGUGAAGGAGGUGCACCACAACUCAUUGUAAUUCUGAGCUCAUCUACCCUGUCCUGUUCUCUAGAUAACACUGUCAUAAGCAUUGAUAGGUCUGUUGCUCUAUGGCCCAGUAAUGACUUCAAUAUAUGGUGCCACGCCUCCACGCUGUUUUGCGUGCGAGGUAAAAACAACAUAUUUAAUUCAUCCAGAUUCCAAAAUGCAAUUGGAAGCAAUGGGGGAAACCUG